AUGUCCUCAUUUCCGGCCAGUCAGCCCAAUGGAAAUGGGAGGAGUAGCGAAGAGAACAUCAAUGGGCCUUCUUUUACGGAGUUAGAUGGCUACAAAGAUCUUAGCGAGGAGCCUACAUCCUUGUUUGCUAUUGAUAGGGUUCAAUUGAUGUUUUCUCUGUCAGAUAUUUCAUCAAUGGUGGUAGCAAAUAAUCUGCUUUGUUUAGCAUUAAGGAGUGGCCAGAUUAUAAGGAUUGACCUCGACCACCCAGAAUCUGUGGACGAGGUUAACUUGCCUCGAAAGCAUUCUGAUCCUACCGGAAACAAUAUCUCUAGUAUAUUUCUGGAUCCUACUGGUGCUCAUUUGCUGAUAACUAAUAUUCACGGGGAAAAUUAUUAUUUAAACUACCAAUCAGUAAAGGCGAAAAACCUGGGCCGCCUUAAAGGACUGGUCAUAACAAGUGUUGCUUGGAAUCCAUUUGAGCCUGCUAGGUCCACCGGGGAUAUUUUAAUCGGUUGUGCUGAUGGAUCUAUAUACGAAACUUUCAUUGAAAAGUCCAAUGAGUAUUUCAAGCGUGAUGAUCGCUACCUACGUCAGGUUUGGAAGAACCCCUACGGAGAUAGUAUUACAGGUUUAUAUGCAUAUCAAGAGAGAGGAGUCGCUCAGCGGCAGGUUAUAGUUUCGAGCCAUGGCCGUAUAUGGUUCUGGCAAGGCAAAUUUGGCCUCGUUGGAGAUACUAAUGGGGCCUCUAACCGCGCAACACAGUCUUCUGCUUCUUCUUCCAUUGAUGGUAGUUCAGACGAGAUGGUCAAUGGCCCACCUACUAAUUCCGGAGAAAGUGGUGGCGUCCCUGUGUACACUAGAUUUUUUGAAACAACAGAACCAAUUCUAGAAGCAUUUGAGAGUCCUGGGUCUUAUGAUGCAUUUGCUGUAUCCCCUUAUAAAAUGGGAGUCUCUAGAGAGACCUCGUCAACCUUUGCCGCUAUCAACGGAGUUGGCAUUUUGCAUGGACAGCUGUAUGAUAAGAGAGUUUCUAGUAGCAGUGGAAAUGCCAAUAGCGCUAGAACUGUACCGAGUGAUAUCUUUGCCAGAUCUCAACUGGUCAUUUAUGAUCAGUUGCAGUCUGUAAUGUCGCCAAAUACAUCAGCCAUUCGAUCAAUAACAUUAACUGAGUAUUACAUAAUCAUUCUUUGUGGUAACACAGUUGUGAGUAUUUCCCGCCUUAACAAUAAGGUGAAGUUUCACGACAAAAUAACUUUAGAGCCUGGUGAGACUCUUAUUGGCCUGUGUUCAGAUGUCAAAUAUUCUACAUUUUGGGCUUUUUCGAACCAAAAUAUAUAUGAAAUUAAGGUUGGAGAUGAAGAACACGAUAUAUGGAAGAUUCUUAUUGAAAAUAAGGAGUACGAAGAAGCUUUAAAAGUUGCCAAAGAUGCCGUGGCUAAAGAUAUUGUAUCUGUUGCAUAUGGCGAACAUCUUCUGAAAGAAGGUAAGGAUAUGAAAAAGGCAGCUUCAUUGCUUGGUGGGAGCUCAAAGCCUUUUGAAGGGAUCGCUCUUGAAUUUAGUACCAAAAAAGAUUUUGAUGCAUUGAAUGUAUUUCUCUCCUCUCGACUAAAGCUUUAUCGGGGCUCGAGUGGGAAAAUGCAACGAACGCUUAUAACAAGUUGGCUCGUAGAAUUAUAUAUGGAAAAGCUGGAUAGUCUCGAUGACUUGAUAGCUGCAGGUGAUAAUUCGCAAGCGGUCAAUCAGCAAUCCCAAGAAGCUGUCAAGAAGCGUCCAUCAGACAAACUGGAUUUAUCAAAACCAAAAGCUAUCAAUGGCACAGAUUCUUCUCCAUCAACAACACCAUCCGAUGGCCGCCGUACCGUACGAACUGCAUUUUACAAAUUUAUUGAAGACCACAAAUCUGACCUAGACAAAGAAACUGUCUACGAAAUUAUAUCAAGUCAUGGGAGAAGGGAGGAACUCCUGUAUUAUGCUAGCAGCGUGUCUGAUUCGACAUUUGUACUGAAUUACUGGAUACGAUUUGAAAAAUGGACUGAAGCAUUACAGGUAUUACGAAAGGAAAAUGAUGCUAAAUUAGCCUAUAAGUACUCUACAGUGCUGCUGGUGAACUCUCCUCAAGAUACUGUUGACACUUGGAUUCGCAUGGAUGGAUUAGAUCCUGCUAAAUUGAUCCCAGCAUUGCUAGCCUAUGUUAGCGGGUUUAGAGGCGAACCUAAUAAAAACCAGGCCAUACGAUAUUUAAACUACGCUGUCAAUAUCUUGAAAACUAAGGAUACGGCUAUUUUUAAUACUCUUAUUUGUCUAUACGCAUCAAGCUCAACGACUGACGAGUCUUCUCUUAUGGCUUGUUUGGAAACUCACCGGAACGCGUAUGAUUAUGACUUUGCACUACGUGUGUGUAAUCAGUUCAAAAGGGUCGAAUCGUCUGUAUACAUAUUUUCUGUUAUGGGACUAUACGAAGAGGCUGUUAAACUCGCUCUCAAGAAUGAUGAUAUCGAGUUGGCAUGUAUUAUUGCUGAUAGACCAGCAAAUGACGCUGUAUUACGGAAAUCAUUGUGGCUGGAUAUUGCACGUAAAGUCAUAUCUAGCAAGAAUCAAAAGUUUACUGCUGUCAGUAUUCUUGAAAAAUCGGGGAGUGCUUUGAAAAUCGAAGAUCUCUUACCGCAGUUCCCAGAUUUUACUGUAAUGGAUGAUGUGAGAGAUGAGAUCAUUGCUUCAAUGGAAGACUAUAGCUCGAGUAUUUCACGGCUAAACAAGGAAAUGGAAGAUUCUCUACGAACUUGUGACAAUGUCAAAAAGGAGAUUCAAGAAUUUAAGAAGCGGUAUGCGUUAGUUAUGCCGGGAGAGUCAUGCGCUCUAUGCUCUUUUCCAGUUGCUACUCGGCGUUUCUACGUAUUUCCUUGUCAGCAUGCUUUCCAUUUGGAUUGUCUUCUCGAUUCUAUUUCAAAAUCGGGUGAUCAAGUAGCACGUUCGAAACUGGCAGAUAUCCAGAUAAAUGUCAAAAAGACAGAAGUUCCAACGGCAGUGGAUGGAAUUCUGUCAGAAAAAUGUGUACUGUGCUCUGAUGCUAAAAUUGAAACAGUAGAUACUCCGCUGGUGUCGCAGGCCGACAAGUUAAACAACGAAUGGGCAUUAUAA